AUGUCACAGCCAUUUCGAGACACGUCUAAUAAGACGCCUACAAGCAUGAUGAGAGACCUGACGAUACGAAAGAAUUCGGCAAGCGCUGGUCGUAAAUUCUCAUCACGCACAGCAACAUCAAACCAAACAUGCUUUGGUAUUGGUGGUACGACACAAAACCAGAAAGGAUUACGAAGAAGAGAUGUGACGCCAUCACGAGCCUACGUUGGUGGUGGUUUGUGUCCUGGAGGUGGUGAUCGUUAUGUUGCUAUGAGGAAGAGCGAACAGGAUUUAGAACUUGCUAGUUAUCUUAUGGCUCAGCCCACUGACUCUACUUUUAAUACGUCGAAUUCCGCUCCUUCCAGUCCACAAAAGAAUUACGAACAGGAGCAGAUGAAAAGAAUGAUGAGAGGUGAGCUUUCGAAUUCCAGGCCACAGAAAUGUAAAAAUUCAAUUAAUGGUGCUAUCUGGUGA